UUGGAGAAAUAGUUCUGUUUCAAAAUGGAACUAAUCAUUUGUUUUUUCUCUUAAAUUUUUCUUGUAUCAGCAUUUAUCUCUGAUAUUAUCACGAGAUAGUCAUCUAAAUUUUUUCAGAGGACAACACAUUUUUACGUUUGUUUAAAAAAGGGUGUGUUUAAUAUAUGGAACACAGAUAUUAGUCAUACUCUUUCGUAAUGUGUUCUGUCAAUAGAAUCGCUUCUUGCUAUCCGAAGCUAGAUUUUAAAGUUAUGCUUGUUAAGAUUUUUACUUAAUAUUGAAAUUACCGACGUCGCCGAUGCUUGUGGGUUAGCUGUUGGUACAUUCUUCAACUCGCAGUUUUCAAAUUAAAAGUAAGUAUUAACAUCAAAAAUGGAAGAAUUAAUAAUACCACUAAGGAUGUUCUCAUCAAUUCGUUUUAUCUAAUGUGUGAUCAUGAGUCUGCCUGUAAUUUUCUCAAGCCAUAGUAGAGUGAAAAGAGUGCAUUUACUAGAUGGCAAAACUUAAUAAUGCUAAUCGCUUGAUGUGUGGUACGUUAGUUUUGCUUAUUGUUGAUAUCAUUUGGGUAGCUUCUUCUGAACUUACCAAAUAUAUCUUCAAGGAUGAGAACUACAGCAAGCCAUUCUUUAGCACAUAUGUGAAGACAACUAUGUUUAUGCUUUAUUUAUUGGGAUUUAUCUUUUGGAAACCAUGGAGGAACCAGUGUGCAAAGAGACCAAAGUAUACACUAGUGGAUCCUGCUCCAAUAGAAACAGAAGAAAAUGAUUGUGGUUAUGUAGAAGCAGAACCCUUACUUAGUGAAUCUAUUUGGAUUCCCAUUAAAUAUCAUGAUGGCAAUGGCGAAAAAAGUAGUGGAAAUGAGUCAGAUGACACUAUUUCAAAUAAAAGUGUUCGAUCUGUUCAUUUUAACCAAGUGACUGAAGUUCGUCAUUUGUCUGAGUCACAAGCUGAUGACGCACUCCUUGCACGAUUGUCAUAUGCUGCAUCACUACGAGCUCAAGAAACUGCUCUUAAAGCUGCUAAUAAAUUACCGAUGAAGCAAGUUGCACAUGUUGCUCUAUUGUUUUGCAUUUUAUGGUUUCUUGGAAAUUUGUCUUAUCAAGAAGCUUUGUCAAAUACUGAAGCUGGUAUUGUUAAUAUUUUGUCAUGUUCCUCGGGAUUGUUUACUUUGAUAUUAGCCUCAAUGUUCCCUGCUAAUAGUGGAGACCGUUUUACUCUUUCAAAACUUUUGGCAGUAAUUACAAGCAUUGCUGGUGUAGCUAUAAUAGCUAAUGCUGAAAAAGGCAUGCAGUAUAAUUUCCCUCCAGGUGCUGUGUGGUCAAUUCUUGGAGCAUUUUUUUAUGCUGCUUACGUUGUGCUGCUUAGAAGAAAAGUAGAUGAUGAAGAUACUCUAGAUAUUCCAAUGUUUUUCGGAUUUGUAGGCUUGUUUAAUUUGCUGUUUAUGUGGCCUGGUUUUCUUUUUCUGCAUUAUACUAAAGUUGAAGAAUUUCAAUGGCCAUCUAGACAUCAGUGGUUAUUGUUGCUCUGCAACGGCUUGGUGGGCACUGUAUUUUCAGAACUACUUUGGCUGUGGGGCUGUUUCUUGACAUCUUCUUUGAUAGCUACAUUGUCUGUGUCCUUAACUAUUCCAUUGACAAUUUUAUUUGAUGUUUUCUUAAAAAAGGUUGACUAUCCGUUGCCAUUCUUUUUGGGAACACUGCCAAUGUUUUUAUCAUUUUUUGCUGUUGCUUUUUUGACGCAUUAUGAAAAUUGGGAUCCUGUGCUAAUUGGUUUAAACAAGUUAGUCAGUUUAUGCUGGAAAAAAUCUCAAAGGGUUCACAGCAUAGAUUAUGAACAGACAGAAUCAUUAAUCAGUGUCAAUAGUGAAUAUACGUAACAAAAUCUUUUUCCGUCUUUUAUUUGCCAAAUUUGGCUUUGUUCAUCUACACAAAGACUAGAGCUUCAGAUUUUUUAAUUUUUUCUAAACAUAUGUAUAUACUUCAUGCUUGUGAUGAAAAAUGCUUUUAUGUAUUUCCAAGUGUACCAUAUCAUUGAGAUCAAUAUAUCUAGUGCAAAUCAUACUCAAAAUCAUUUUCAUUUGCCUUUUUGCAUCUUAUGUGAGUAAAGUUUUAUUUAAAAAUAUUAGAUAUACUUAUAUUGUAAAAAAUGAGUACUAUUUUUUGUUACAUGUUUAUAUGCCUAGCAAAAUUUUAGUUUUCUUUAAAAUACUCUUAAUAUAUUUUAUUUAAAGCUAGAAAUAUAUUUUAUAAGUUUGUUUAAUGUUUGUGUAUGUGUUUUCUCUACAAAUUUACCACACAUGACAAUGAUUGCUUCUAUAUUAUUUGAAGUAAAUAUUGUUUACAAUCUUGGAAUUACAGGUAUAAUUAUGUUCUUUGAUUGCUUCAAUAUUGUAUGAAUUAAAUAUUGUUUGCAAUUUUUGACCGCAGGUACAACUAUGUUCAUUUACCUCAUUUUUUUUGUAAUUCUAUCUCAUUGUAUGUGAAUUAUGGUAUAAAAUUCACAAGAUUAUGUGACAAAUUGC